UAAAGCAUGCAGACAGCAGCCAUCAUUCAGCGCAUUUCUUCGUUCUCCUUCCUUCUCUCUUUCUCCUCCAUUUGCCCUUGAACUUUUUCUCCGCUCUACUCUCCGUGGAACCCUACCCAACCAUGCCGUGCGGACACAACAAGAAACCCGUCAUCCUGGUGCUGGGCUGCACCGGCACCAACGGCAGCCAGAUCGUGGCGAAUCUCGAGAAAUUCGCCGACGACGUGACGGUGCGUUACUCCUCCCGCCGUCAGGAUCAAGUGGACAAAUGGAAGAAGGAGAAGAAGGACGCCGUCCUCCUGGAUCUGGAUGAGCCCCGCACGUUCGGGCUGGCGUUGAACGGGGUGGAUCGCGUCAUGCUGAUCACCGGCUACACCGUGGCGAUGUUGCAGCAGUCAAAGACACUGAUCGACGCAGCGUACAAGGCCGGUGUGCAGCAUGUCGUGCAUCUGGGCAUCUUCGCCGACUGGGACACCACGGAUCCGCAUUACUGCUGGCAUCAGCUGAUCGAGGCCUACCUCAAGGCCAGCGGCAUGAAGUGGACCAACCUGCACAACAACGUCUUCAUGGAGAACAUGUUCACCUUCAUCCACAAGGGCACCGUCAACGACUUCUUCGACGGGGAACGCGUGGGAUGGAUCUCCGCCGAGGACAUCGCCAAGACGGCCGCCACCGUCCUGCGUGAGGGACCGUGCAAGCACCAUGGAAAGGACUACUGGCUGAGCGAGGAGACGAUGAACCUGAAGCAGGUGACGGAGAUCAUCUCGCAGGUGACCGGCAAGCAGGUGCAGUACGCGCAGAAGACCGCGGCCGAUUUCAACGAGAUGAUGAAGUACUCGCAGAUGGAGCAGUGGUACGCCAAGGGAUUGUACGAGUUCUUCAUCCAGGUGAAGGACGGCCGUAUGGGCUUGUGCUCGGCGGUGCGCAACGACGUGCCCGUCGUCACCGGGGAGAACGCGCUGACCAUCAAGGAGUGGGCCACCAAGAACAAGGAGGCCCUGCUGAAGACCCUCCAGUAAACGGAAUAAAGCGCACGGUCAGGCGGCAAUUUGGGCGGAAUAUUUCUCGCGUUAAUGAUUUCAUGGUGUUGCUAAUAUAACGCUGCUAUGUAUCGUGAUGGGUAGUUUUUAUUUUGAUAAUCCGAUGGUUGUGGCUUGGGGCUUGUUCGCUGCGGGAGAGAAAUCACUGUGAAUUGUGUAGUGGGCUUUGCGUUUAUACGGUUAAUCCGUGCCAUGGAUUUUUGCGGAUGUUUAUCACAGCUUAAUUUUGUUUGCUGAUGUUUUUUCUUUCGUCUUCUUUAACCGGCGUCACGGAUUCUCGGUGUGCAAGAGGAACGGUUAAUUAAUAAAAUGUUAUAGGCUAAUAAA